GAAAUUGACUAUAUUUGCUUAGUACACAGCUACAGAUGUAUUACAACGCAUAAAAGGCCAUAAGUUUCUACUUAUCUGACACGUGUAUCCCCUCAAUUCCAUAUCCGAACGUGCUCUCUUCGCCUUUCGCCAUUUCAGAUUAUAGACCUUUAAGAAACAUAUAUAUUCACAUUAAAACACUCCGACAUCAAACAAUCACCAGAUCUAUGCUACCUACAACGCAUUGAAGAUCGAGAAACUUCUAGAAGAAACCGGGAGCUUCGCAAUGUCAGUGGAGGAGAAGUUGAUACAGCGAUUGGAGUCGGCGGUGACACGGCUGGAGGCGCUAUCAGCCACCGGCUUCCGUUCCGGAGGUUCCGUCGGGACAGGCGAUGAUACGGUGGUUUUAGAUCCGUCGAUUAUUGCAUUUGACGAUCUGAGGUCGGAGUUCCUCGGGAAGGUUACGACUGUUGCGGAGAAGAUCGGAGGAAAAGUAUUGGAUAUUACUAAGAUUGUUGAGAAGGCUUUCUCCGCCCAGAGAGAACUUCUCAUUAAAAUCAAGGAAACUAAGAAACCAGACAACUCAGGUUUGGUUGAAUUUCUCAAACCUUUGAAUGAUGCGAUCAAUCAAGCUACAACAAUGACUGAAGGACGGCCUGAUUUCUUCAACCACUUGAAGUCUGCUGCUGAUAGUCUAUCUGCACUUGCAUGGAUUGCCUACACUGGAAAAGAUUGCGGCCUGAGCAUGCCAAUUGCGCACGUGGAAGAAAGCUGGCAGAUGGCUGAAUUUUAUAAUAACAAGAUUCUUGUGGAGUUCAAAAACAAAGAUGCAAAUCAUGUUGAGUGGGCAAAGGCUUUGAAAGAACUUUAUCUCCCUGGCUUGAGAGAUUAUGUUAAGAGCCACUAUCCAUUAGGUCCUGUAUGGAGUGCGACAGGGAAAGCUGCUGUAUCUGCACCAUCAAAAGCUCCUUCACCAAGUGCUCCUGCUCCUCCGGCUCCACCUCCAGCUUCUCUCUUCAGCUCUGAAUCUCCUCAGGCUUCAUCAUCACGCCCCAAGCAAGGGAUGGCUGCUGUUUUUGACGAAAUUAAUUCAGGAAAGCCAGUGACUUCUGGAUUGAGAAAGGUAACAGAUGAUAUGAAGGCAAAGAACCGUGCUGACAGAACGGGCGUUGUUAAUGCUGGUGAAAAAGAAGCCCGCAUGAGCUCACCCUGUAUCUCUAAAACUGGACCUGCAAAAUUGGAGCUUCAGAUGGGCCGUAAAUGGGUGGUUGAGAAUCAAGUGGGAGAGAAGAACUUAGUUAUUGAUGAUUGUGAUGCAAAGCAAUCAGUAUAUGUCUAUGGGUGCAAAAAUUCAGUUCUGCAGAUCAAAGGAAAAGUCAACAACAUCACAAUUGACAAGUGCACUAAGAUGGGAGUUGUAUUUGCGGGUGUAGUGGCAGCUUGUGAGGUUGUCAAUUGCAAUGGUGUGGAGGUGCAAUGUCAG